AUGGACACCGAGCAUAGCAACGGCUCUUCUGCCGACGUGGACUCCAUAAGACUUCCAGGCCCAAUGUCAACGACAGGACCUCCGUCGCCCGACAUGGGUUCCGAAAACGACGAUCAGACACCCACAGGCCUCAUCCCCGAACCUACAACGUUGGUUUCGCCCAAGCCCACGAAAUCGUCCCAGAACCAACCAGGAAACCACACAUCCGAAGCUCGUACAAUCGGUUUAAUGGGGCAGUCUACACGCUCCUCCAGUCGUGCACCCAGGAGGUUCAGCGGAAGUACAGCGGCCAGCACCACCGCAAGCUCUAUCAGUGAAAUGGAGUCCAGCUCCGCGAAGCCAUGGAGAAUCGGUGUCUGUGCCCUGGAUGUGAAAGCACGCAGCAAACCGAGCCAGAAUAUUCUGACUCGCCUCCAGUCGAGAGGAGACUUCGAGGUGAUCGUGUUCGGAGACAAGGUGAUCCUCGACGAAGCAGUGGAGAAUUGGCCAGUGUGUGACUUCUUAGUCGCGUUCUUUUCAGAUGGCUUCCCGUUGGAUAAAGCCAUUGCAUAUGCUAAGCUACGAAAGCCCCUGUGUGUCAAUGACCUUCCAAUGCAGAAGGUGUUGUGGGAUAGACGACUCUGUUUGAUGAUUCUGGAUCACAUGGGCGUCCCCACCCCCAAGCGGAUAGAGGUGAAUCGUGAUGGCGGCCCGGUCCUAGAGUCACCGGAGCUAGGCCAGCACAUCUAUCACUUGACUGGGGUGAAACUCGAGGGUCCGGAGAGCGGAGUCGGUGGGGGAGCCCCUCGGACCCAAAAUGUCUCCAUGUCGGAAGAUGGGGAGGCUUUGAUCGUCGAUGGAAAGGUUUUCAAAAAGCCGUUCGUCGAAAAGCCAGUCAAUGGCGAGGACCAUAACAUUCACAUCUACUUCCCGAACGACCAGCAGUACGGCGGGGGUGGAAGGCGGUUGUUUCGAAAGGUGGGCAACAAAAGCUCCGAGUACGACCCCACCCUCUCCGUUCCAAGAUCGGUCACAGAGCCCGGUACAAGUUACUUGUAUGAACAAUUCCUCAGAGUCGAUAACGCUGAGGAUGUGAAGGCCUACACUGUUGGACCCGACUUUUGUCAUGCCGAGACGCGCAAAUCACCCGUGGUGGACGGACUUGUACGUCGCAAUACUCACGGGAAGGAAAUCCGAUAUAUUACCCAACUUGGCAAAGAGGAGGCGAUCAUCGCGUCAAAGAUCUCCAAUGGGUUUGGUCAAAGAAUCUGUGGUUUUGAUAUGCUUCGUGUUGGGGAUAAAAGCUAUGUCAUCGAUGUCAAUGGCUGGAGCUUUGUCAAGGACAACAACGACUACUAUGAUAAAUGUGCCAAUAUCCUAAGGGAUAUCUUUUUGAGUGAAAGACGGAAAUGCGAAGGAACUGAGCUCUCCGAGCCGCCAUCACCAGACAUGGGUCCAUCCAGGAGGAGCACAGUGGGAUCUCACAGGCAGGCUUUGAAGACAUUGUUGAAGUCGCCGAGUGCUUCCCGGCUCUAUGGUAGCCAGGGCUCCCACAAAGCUCAGGAAAACCCUCCUUCCGAUGUCUCCACCUGUCCUCCCUCGGUUGCAUCCUCUUCUGGCGUAGAGGGAACCGAUGUUGGUGCCGCUCUCAGCAAGCUAAACUCCAGGGAAGGACACAGUACUGCGCGGGGAUACAGUCCUUCAAAUUCCAAAUCACCUGCUCUUUCUAUCCAACACCCCAACGAAGAAGCCCUCCCACCCCUUCCUGCUUCCAAACACUCCUGGAAGUUGAAAGGCAUGGUCGCCGUGAUUCGACACGCCGAUCGCACCCCCAAGCAAAAGUUCAAGUUCACAUUCCACAGCCAGCCAUUUGUGAAUCUCCUGAAGGGCCACCAGGAGGAGAUAGUCAUCAAGGGCGAGGCUGCACUGGCUAGUGUUUCUGAUGCCGUCAAGCAGGCCAUGGAGAAGGGUCUCGAGGAUAUGGAAAAGCUGAAAUUGCUGCGUACAUCGUUGGAGAAGAAGGGCGGCUGGCCGGGAACCAAAGUCCAGAUCAAGCCCAUGUUCCGGAAACGAAAGCCGGAAGAGAUGAAAGAACAGGACUUAUCGGGUGAUUCUGCCCCAUUAGCCGACAGCAAGCCCAGCGAGGAGCCACUUCCAUCCACGGCGGGCGAAACAGCUCAAGAUAAUGAGGAAUUGCACAGGUCACAAACACGGAGUGAUUCCAUCUCGGGUGCCACCUUUUCUCGAUUCUCUGCCGCUGAGAACGACUUGAUUCUGGAUAAGCUCCAGCUUGUGAUCAAAUGGGGUGGCGAGCCUACACAUGCUGCACGCUACCAGUCCCAAGAUCUUGGAUUGAACAUGCGAGACGAUCUGAAGCUGAUGAACAAGGAAGCUUUGAAUAAUGUCCGCCUGUUCACCAGCUCGGAACGCAGAGUCAGCACCAGUGCUAACCAUUUUCGCUCAACAGCACAAAUCUGGGCUUGCUCAUUUCUAGACCAGAAGGACAUCCCCGAGGAUUUGAUACAGGUUCGCAAAGAUUUACUUGACGAUUCGAAUGCCGCCAAAGAUGUCAUGGAUAAAGUCAAAAAGAAGCUCAAACUGCUCUUGCGAGAAGGGUCUGCGCCAUCUCAGUUUGCUUGGCCCAAGGAUGGUAAUAUACCAGAGCCUUCCGUUGUUCUUUCCACAUUGGUUGAGCUGAUGAAGUUCCACCGAAGCGUGAUGCACCAUAACUUCGAGAAGCUUGAUGGUUCACCAGAUGUGUCUCCUGUUCCUUCCCAUGACCCUGAAGUUCCAAUUCAGCCAAACUCGGGCGAUCCACUGUCGGAUCACCCCGACAUAGACAAUAUCCAGGGUCGAUGGUGUGCGGGAGAAGAUCCCCGAUUAUUUAAAGAGCGUUGGGAGAAGCUCUUUGCAGAGUUCUGCGACACCGAAAAGGUUGACCCUAGCAAGUUUUCUGAACUUUACGACAGUAUGAAGUUUGAUGCUCUUCACAACCGGCAAUUCUUGGAGUGGGUCUUUAUGCCCCCGGACAUUGGUCGUGAUGACGAUGAAAAGGACAGUAUCAAGGGCAAGUGUGCGAAAUCCGAUGGACACGCAGACGGCAAGAUUCAGGAUGUCGGCAGUGACAGAUCUGAAGAGCGUGAACCUCACACCUUUGCGCAUCGCUUUGGAUUGAGGAAGCGCAUGCAGGCGCUGGAAUCCCUUCCACACCUUCGGGCGCUUGAUGACUCGUACGACCACUAUUUCAAACUUUUCCCGGGCUCCAAUUCUUCCAAAUGCAAGAUGGACGAACGACUUUCGAAACUUCGGGAAUUGUUCAAGCUGGCCAAGGUCCUGUUCGACUACGUGACCCCCCAAGAAUACGGUAUCACCGACAGUGAGAAGUUGGAAAUUGGUCUCCUCACUUCUCUUCCCUUACUUCAGGAGAUUGUGCGAGACCUCGAAGAGGUGCAGGCCUCCCAGGACGCCAAGUCCUUCUUCUACUUCACCAAGGAAUCUCACAUCUAUACCCUACUGAACUGUAUAUUGGAGGGUGGAAUCCAAACCAAGAUUGCCCGAAGUGCAAUCCCUGAACUCGACUAUCUCUCUCAGAUAUGUUUCGAACUAUAUGAGGCCCGCGAUAGUGAGUCUGACUCCUACUCUUACUCUAUUCGCAUCUCGGUCAGCCCAGGAUGUCAUGCCUUCGACCCCCUCGAUGUACAGCUCGAUUCUCGACACUCCAUCGGAUGCGCACCCCGGCGCAGCUUGACGGCCCAUCAAGAUUGGAAGGAAGUCAUUGAGACACUGAAGGCCAAGUUCAACACGGUGGAACUACCUAAAACCUUCAUUGCUGUGAACCUGAGUGACAAGCAUAUUUCUCAUGACGAGGGCUCGCGAGGGGUUUCUCCAUCGUAA